AUUUUUCCCUAGGAGAAACACAGAGACAUCUUGGGUGUUCCUUCCUCCUAUCUCUCUCUGUCUCUCUUCCUUCCAAGUUCUAGCUCCUUUGAAGGCCAAAGAGUGUCCUUUCUCUCACUGAAAUUUUGGGUCACCAUAACUAUAAGGAAAUGGGGUGCUGUAGCAACUUCAUCCAAAGAUGCAAACCUUACGUAGCAAUGAUCUCCCUCCAAUUUGGCUACGCGGGGAUGAAUAUCAUAACCAAGGUUUCUCUCAACAGAGGCAUGAGCCACUACGUCCUGGUGGUCUACCGCCACGCCUUUGCCACUGCAGUCAUCGCCCCCUUUGCUCUCGUUCUCGAGAGGAAAGUGCGACCCAAGAUGACAUUACCGGUUUUCCUUCAAAUCUUUGUUCUUGGGCUUCUUGGGCCGGUCAUCGAUCAAAACUUCUAUUACGCAGGGCUGAAGUACACCUCCCCGACCUUCUCAUGUGCCAUGAGCAACAUGUUACCGGCGAUGACCUUUGUCAUGGCGGUUCUCUGCAGAAUGGAGAAGAUUGAUAUGAAGAAGGUGAGGUGCCAAGCAAAGGUGGUGGGAACUAUAGUGACGGUGGCCGGGGCCAUGUUGAUGACCUUGUACAAGGGACCCAUCAUGGAGAUGGUGUGGACGAAGCAUGUGCAUCCUCACAACUCCAAUGCCACAGACGCCACUGGAACAUCUGACAAAGACUGGGCCAAGGGCUCCAUCCUCCUCAUCAUUGCUACUCUUGCUUGGGCUUCUUUCUUCAUCCUUCAGGCAAUAACACUUAGAAGAUACUCAGCUCAGCUCUCUCUCACUGCCUUGGUAGUCUUCCUGGGCACUUUACAGUCUAUCGCAGUUACCUUUGUGAUGGAACACUCAACCUCUGUUUGGACCAUUGGCUGGGACAUGAACCUCCUUGCCGCUGCCUAUGCUGGGAUUAUCUCUUCAAGCAUUGCAUACUACGUCCAAGGGCUAGUGAUGCAAAAAAGAGGACCUGUCUUUGUGACUGCAUUCAGCCCAUUGAUGAUGAUCAUUGUGGCCAUCAUGGGGUCUUUCAUCCUUUUUGAAAAUAUCUAUUUGGGAGGCAUACUUGGAGCUAUCUUGAUAGUAGCAGGUCUCUACUCUGUUCUGUGGGGCAAAUACAAAGAAUACAAAGAGAAGCAAGCUGCUGAGACAAUCCCUGAGGCCGUGAAAGGUGGUGAGAACAACAGUUUAACGAUGAUCGAAGAGAUUGAAGCCAACGACAUCGAGAUGCAGAAGACAGGAGCCAAGCUCUCUUCCACUGCAGUUAGCAAUCCCCUUCCAGAACCCUCCAUGAAGGCGAAUGGAGAGCCAAAGGUGUAACCAGUUGAGAGCUGAGACUUGGACAGAAUAAAAAGAAAAAAUUGAAAAACAGAAAACAAAUGAAAUGUAGCCAAAGAGAGAGGACCUAUCUGUGUUUCCCCACUUCUCUUAGCUUUCAUUUCUCAACUUUUUUUGCUUUACCUUUUGAGUUUUUUUUUUUUUUUGUUAUGGGCCUUGUUGUUUCUUUCCUGUAAGCUAAUAUUCUGAAAGAAAUUGGAAGAAAAAGGAAUGAAGAGAUUGGCAGAAUCUGCUUUUGAUUAUA